AAGAUUUCGGAUUAAUUUAACAAGAAACUACCAGAAGAAGCUCCAGAACAUUGGAGAAAACUACAUCCGAUUUUCGCGAAGCAACGCAACGACGGCGAUGGGAGCGUCCACUUCGGCGGAGCCGAGAGUGUCGGCGGAGCAGAAAGAGGCGGAGGCCGUCACAGCCUCCACCGGAGCUCUCCCCCUGCUUCAGAAAGCCUUCUCCAAGCUCGCUAAUCCCGAGACCAACGCCGUUCCCUUAGAAAAUCUCCAGCAAUGCUUCAGUUUCGGUCGCGAAGGUCGAAGUUAUUCCGGAAGCAACGUGCCAGAUUCGUUUCCGGUGUUGUUAGAUCACUUAGCCUCAUCCCUAGUUGAUCAAUUUUUCGUGCCUGACAAAGAGGGAAUAAUUUGGGUUGAAUUCGUGAGGGGUUACAACAAGUGCUGUGCUAGGGUGUCCGCGUCGGUUUCUUUGAAUAUGCUCAUGAGAGUGUUCGCUGCUAUUUCACAAAGUGCGAACGUGCCUUUGCAUUUGGAGUUUGAAUCAGGGGAUGAUGAUUGCAAGGUAAACGGGCACGUUCUUCCUAGCAACGUGUUUCUGCUUCUCGCCCUGUGUUGGGUUAUGUCGUGGGGUGGUUCUAGAAAGUUGAAAGGGGAAGGGAAUUUGAGCUUACCUGAUCUGAAUCAUUUGGUGUUGUCGGUGAUCGCAUCGUGUGGUGAGGUUGAGGGUGGUUUGAAUGUGUGGGACUGUGAUAUCUCGAGCUUGGAGGUUCAGCUUCCUGCAGGGAAGUUUGUGACGUGGGUUAUGAGCACCGUGCCAUGCCUCCCGGAUUGCUUGAGGCAGUAUUUUCAUGCUAGAUUGCUAAUAGCAGCAUCUGAUGGGGUUGAAUUGGCAUCCUCUAAUUCCUCCUCUGUUGGAGAUAUUUCAUCACCUGCUGCAUAUGAUUAUAUUUUGACCCAAGGAAGGGCAUGGGCAAUUUCUAUCACACAGAAAAGUACAAGAAAUGAAGAGAUUUCUAGAGCAUUUAUAAGCAAUGGAGGUGGAAUGGAUAAUAACCUUCUUUAUCGUUCAUCCACUCAUGGAAGAGGCCUUGGCAGAUUUUGGUCUCAUGUUGAAGGUUACAAAGGUCCUUUGUUAAUUUUGAUAGCUGCAAGUUCAGGAGAUGCUCACGAGGGAAAUUCCAUUGAUAGGAAAUGGGUUAUAGGUGCCUUAACAGAUCAAGGUCUUGAAAAUAAAGAUAUCUUCUAUGGAAACUCUGGAUGUUUAUAUUCUAUUGACCCAGUGUUUCAUGUGUUUCCACCAACUGGUAAGGAAAAGAAUUUUGUUUAUAGCCACUUGCAUCCUACUGGUAAAGUAUACCAACCGCAUCCAAAGCCGGUUGGAGUUGCAUUUGGAGGAACUCCAGGAAAUGAGAGAAUAUUUAUUGAUGAAGAUUUUGCAAAAGUGACUGUUCGCCAUCAUGCUAUUGACAAAACUUACCGGAGUGGAUCUCUCUUUCCAGAUCAGGGUUUCCUUCCUGUCGAGGGUCUGAUUUCUGAAGUUGAAGUUUGGGGACUUGGUGGGAAAGUAGCAAAGGAAGUGCAGAACUCUUACAAGAAGAGAGAAGAGCUUUUCACUGAGCAAAGAAGAAAAGUUGACUUGAAGACAUUUGCGAGUUGGGAGGAUUCACCUGAGAAAAUGAUGAUGGACAUGAUGUCUGAUCCAAAUGCUGUACGAAAGGAAGACCGCUGAGUUGGAUCAUCUCUAGUGUUGCAUUGCUUAGUGCAAUACUUAACAGGCAUAAGCGUGGAAUAUAUUUCAUGCUUUAUAUUAUGUUUUGUCAUUACUUUUCAGGCUCGUGAUCCUUAAGUAGCCGUACAUACUACAAAAAAUGUAUAUAUUAACAAAUAUAUCGCUUAAUGCACUAUACGGGGUUUGUGUAUGUUUGCUGUAAAAAAUUGUCCUCAAAUGUGAUCAAGGCAUCGCAUUAGGAAUGGCAUCCCUCUUUCUCAUCGUUCCACACCAUUAUGUGCAUUCAUUAUAAGAGAAACAAGAAACAUGUCAACCAGAAAUCAUCGAGCGAGAUAGCAGCCUUGUGUUCAGUGCAGUAUAUUAAUAAGUGGAAAGCUUAGGUGUACCGUCAUUGUUAUUCACCUCACCAUUCGUGCUGGUGUAUUACCUUCACUUAAAACAACGUACUCGUCUACACGUUAUAUAUGAUUUA